AUGAAAAUAGGAAAUUAUAAAAUUUGUACAUGGAAUAUUUGUAAGAGAAGAAUAUCUUUUUUUGGAGUUCUUCCUUUUGAACUUCAAAAAAAGGGAAACAUAAGAAAAAUAGAAAGGAGGACAUUUUCUGGAUGGAAUGAGAGGAGAUUUUUGUUUUUUUCUUUAAGCAGUGACAUAAAUAAAUGUGUUAACAUGAGCGAAAUGAUAAUAAGAAGGGGGAAUAUCACUACAACUAAAAAAAAUAGUGGUAAGAAUAAAAGCGAUAAAAAUGAAAGUGAUGUAGAUAAUAAUAGUACAAGUAAUAAUAAUAAUAAUAACUUGAAGCGAAGCAGUAAGAUAGUUGUGUAUAUAAAAAGUAACAAAUUAUAUUUAACAUACAACGGUUUUCUUUUAUUUUUUUUUUCCAUAUUUGCUUAUUGUAUAACUAAAUUGUUAAUCAUGUUUUUUGAAGAACCCCCUGCUGUGAAACUAGUAAAAGAAAGCGUUUUAAAAGAUAAAAAACUAAUAGAAGAAUAUGAAGAAGUUCUUUUUUCAAGGUUCUGGUCAGGAUUCUUAAAUGAUAACGAUGCUCGCAUUAUCAUAAAUAUUAAAAGUAAGAAACAAAAUAAGAAAGGAAGAAUUGUAAGUAAUUUAAUAAAAAAAAAUGAUCAAUGGAUUAUUAAAACCUUAACAUAUUAUAAUACAAAAAAAACGGAUAACUUAAAAACAGACGAUUUGAAGAAUCUACAAAAAAAUCAACAAAUCAGCUUAUGUCCAAUAAAUACUGAUUCGUUUAGCAAAAAGAAAUGA